AGAGCUCCCAUUGAGAACUGAGCACCGCUUUCUCAGUCCACACCACAAUCAUGGCUCCAGAGAAAAACAGUGACGGGUUGGACAACUAUGCAUUUACUGUUGAUGGUGUGGACCAUUUCUGUGAAUUGCCUGAGAAUAAGAAAGAAAGUGAUGGUUUUUCAGAGCGGGGAGACCCUAACAAACUAGCCUAUUGUGUCACAGACAUCCCACCGUGGUAUCUUUGCAUCUUUUUAGGUAUUCAGCACUAUCUCACAGCUUUCGGUGGCAUCAUAGCCAUUCCUCUAAUAUUGUCUCAAGGCCUUUGCCUACAGCAUGAUGGCCUCACGCAAAGUCACCUAAUCAGCACAAUCUUCUUCGUGUCAGGCGUGUGCACUUUACUGCAAGUCACUUUUGGAGUGAGGUUACCCAUUCUCCAGGGUGGAACAUUUACUCUCUUGUCGCCCACCAUGGCUUUGCUUUCAAUGCCUGAAUGGACAUGUCCAGCUUGGACACAGAAUGCCAGCCUUGUCAACACCACCUCGCCUGAGUUCAUCCAUGUUUGGCAGAGUCGAAUGCAAAUGCUCCAAGGCUCAAUCAUGGUGGGCUCCCUAUUCCAAGUACUGGUGGGAUUCUCCGGUCUCAUUGGCCUAUUCAUGCGCUUCAUUGGCCCUCUGACCAUCGCCCCAACUAUUUCCCUAAUCGGCCUAUCGCUGUUUGACUCGGCUGGCAUGAACGCAGGACACCAUUGGGGCAUCUCUGCCAUGACGACAUGUUUGAUCGUGAUAUUCUCUCAGUAUCUCCGCCAUAUUGCCAUCCCUGUCCCAAAAUACAGCAGAGCCAAGAAAUUUCACACCACUAGGAUUUUCAUAUUCCAGAUUCUGCCAGUCCUGCUGGGAAUCACUCUGUCUUGGUUGAUCUGCUACCUGCUGACCAUCUACAAUGUCCUGCCUUCAGACCCUGAUAAAUACGGUUAUCUUGCUCGGACGGACAUUAAAGGAGAUGUUACGGGCAAGGCACCUUGGUUCAGAUUCCCUUAUCCAGGUCAAUGGGGGGUGCCAAGUGUUAGUCUGGCGGGAGUUUUUGGGAUCCUGGCCGGAGUCAUAUCCUCCAUGAUUGAGUCGGUGGGGGAUUAUCAUGCUUGUGCCAGGUUAUCUGGUGCCCCACCACCACCCAGGCAUGCUAUCAACCGAGGCAUUGGCAUUGAAGGCAUUGGUUGUCUGCUGGCAGGCGCCUGGGGCACAGGCAAUGGAACCACAUCCUACAGUGAAAACGUAGGAGCUUUGGGUAUCACCAAGGUUGGUAGUCGAAUGGUUAUUGUGGCCAGUGGCUUUAUAAUGAUUAUAAUGGGAAUGUUUGGGAAAAUUGGAGCCAUAUUUACUACAAUACCAACGCCUGUCAUUGGAGGAAUGUUUCUGGUCAUGUUUGGGGUCAUCACAGCCGCUGGUAUUUCAAACCUACAGUAUACAGACAUGAAUUCUUCACGCAACAUCUUCAUCUUUGGAUUCUCCAUGUUCACCGGGCUUACCAUUCCCAACUGGAUAAUAAAAAACCCCACAUCAAUAGCAACAGGAGUUGUUGAACUGGACCACGUUCUUCAAGUGCUAUUGACAACCAGUAUGUUUGUUGGAGGAUUCUUUGGAUUUCUCCUUGAUAACACGAUACCCGGAACAAAACGUGAACGAGGCAUUACUGCAUGGAACAAGGCCCACCAAGACGAUUCAGACAACACCUUAGAAAGUGAUGAAGUCUAUGGUUUGCCAUUUAGAAUUAAUAGCUGCCUCUCCUCUCUAACGUGGACCAAAUAUGUGCCCUUCUGCCCUACACACCAAAUCAGCACACAUGAUGACACGCCAUCAAGUCUGGAAUCGCUGGAAACCAAAACAGAGCCUAACAAAGACGAUACACAUAUCAUAGCAGGGGUGGCAUUAUGAAUGAGACUUCCAUCUUAAAUCAGUGACGAUGUGUGUGAUAGUCCACCCAAGAAUGAAGAAUGUUAGUUUUUUGAGUGAACUAUUGCUUUAAGCCACAUUCAGAAGUACAGACUGAACUAAGAAGGCAGCUACCCCAAUGCAAAUCUAAACUGAAGCUGUACUGUUCCAUUAUAUCUCUCUAUUUUCAUCUGGAUUAAUUAUCUGCAAACACUGUAAAGUGAACUGCUGUAUUAUAUUGUUUUUCGCUUAAUGGUGCUCCAGGGGUGACUCAAAUUGAAAGCAACUGCAAACAUUACACGCUCAUUAUAGUUUUAAGUGAUUAUAUAUAGCUGAAAAACUGCACAUUGUAUUUUUUACAUGUAUUUUGUGUUUUCAAAUAAAUCUGUUCACUACCUUUUA